GACUGGUCAACAAAGGCACGUGAUUCUCGAACGCGCUCCCAUAUUUGGCCGCAUACCUGGCAAAGUACAGUAGGGCUUCAUUGCUUAUAAUUCAUGAUUGCGUCCAUAAAUCGUGCAAGCACACAGGAUUAUAGCGACAAAGAUCUACAAAUCGAGGCUUUAAAAAUCCAAGCAAAUGAGCUCUUACUUUGUAAACUCGUUCUCAGGGCGCUAUCCAAAUGGCUCCGACUAUCAGUUACUAAAUUAUGGGACUAACGGCGCUGUGAGCGGCUCCUUCAGAGACCCUGGCACCAUGCACUCCGGGUCUUUCGGCUACAACUACAAUGGCAUGGACCUAACCGUGAACCGCACCAACGCGGGCAACCACUUCGGUGCCGUGCGAGAUGACACCCGUGGAUUCGCGCCGGAUGCCCGCUACAGACAGACGCCCAAUUGCUCGCUCUCAUCCCCGGACCCGGUGCAGCCCCAGCCACCUCCGUCCUGCGCAAACAGGGAGCAACUGGAACUAAAAAGCCCUUCUCCACCGUCUGACCGGAGCGCGACCUCAGCCCCCAACAACAAAAACAGCGGAGCGCACUUCACGGAGAUAGACGACGGUGGCGCGGUAGUGUCUGAGAGCGAGGAGGGCGCACACGGCAGCGGAGGGUCCAGCUCUGUUCCACGCGCACAGCAGCAGCAGCAGGAGCCCAGUGCCACCUCAUCGGCUCCCACAGAUUGCCAAACGCCGCAAAUAUUCCCCUGGAUGCGGAAACUGCACAUAAGCCAUGAUAUGACUGGACCAGAUGGGAAAAGGGCCCGAACUGCGUACACCCGCUACCAGACUCUAGAGCUGGAGAAAGAGUUUCACUUCAAUAGAUACCUAACCAGACGGCGGAGGAUAGAGAUAGCCCACGCCUUGUGUCUUUCCGAAAGACAGAUCAAAAUCUGGUUUCAAAACCGCCGGAUGAAGUGGAAGAAGGACAAUAAACUGAAAAGCAUGAGUCUGGUGACAGGAGGCAGCGCCUUCCACAACUGAGUUUUUGGAAGCAUCAUGAUAAUUAUGAAAAAAAUAAAUAAAAUUAAAAAAAAAAUAUCCAUGAGUACUGUAAAGCUAUUGAAAAGGCGCAGCACCUUCCAAGCAUGCUAUUGUGAUAGAAGAAGAAGUAUUCCGUGGUCCCAAUGCCAUUUUUAGUUGUGGUAGCUUAGAUGUCAUAUUUGGAAGAAAAAAAGAUGUAAAUAUUAAUAAUUGUUGAUGCUCUUUCUGUCUCUUGAGGUCGCCAUGUUUAGCUCUUUAUUCUUCUUGACGGUCUAAACAGGAGUCAUUGUACAGUUUAAGAAAAUACGAAAAAAACUUCCAAACCAUAUGCUGCUGUUCAUUGAAUGUAAUGUAUUUGGAGCCAUUCAUUCAAAGCGCUUAUAGCUGUAUUUUGAUGGUUCUCUCUCGUGGCCAUUGCAAACCAUACAUUUUCAUAAGAAGCCAAUAAUGUGUAGCUCUAGGAUAUUUUGUGCAUCUAUUGUUUUAGGUCUAAUAAUUAUGAGCAAUGCAAAUGUAUUCAACCUGUCAAUGUGAUAAAUUUUUAGUGCAAAAGGUUAUUCUGUGGAUAUAGGCUGUAAGUGAUGUACGCUUUUUUCGCCAAUAAGCUUUUUGUAUUUGUAAGUG